UCUUCAAUCGUGCGAUCAGUAGUACAUGUUGUGUUGAUGUUUCGCGUAUGUCUAUAAUGUAUUAAAAUUAUAUUAGAUCUUACUAGUAUAUUAUUAUUAAGAGUUACUUUUUUCAUUUCAUUCGUCGAUUUUCAACCGAACACCUGAGUGACAGUUUAUCAGAGUACCUACAUACGAGUAUAUGACAUACCAAGUAUAUGUUAUUAUAAUAUCGCAGCAGUCAUUACUACUAAACACACGGUUUUAUUAAUUUCUUUCGAUUCCGUGAUUUAUGGCAUUUAAGUCGCGCGCGUACAAGCACAGGGUGCUUUUGGAAAGUUCGGCCGAUGACACAGACUUUUCGUCGAGAAAUUCAUCAUUGGCUCCUACAGAAUACCUGUUCAAGAUCUUAGUCAUCGGUGAGCUUGGUACCGGUAAGACUUCCAUAAUCAAACGAUACGUGCACAAGUUUUUCUCGCAACACUAUCGCGCAACAAUCGGUGUAGAUUUCGCAUUGAAAUCGCUUGAAUGGGAUUCCAAUACUGUCGUCCGAUUACAACUAUGGGACAUAGCCGGUCAGGAAAGAUUUGGAAACAUGACCCGGGUGUAUUAUAAAGACGCACUUGGAGCAUUCGUAGUUUUCGACGUCACGCGACCAGCUACGUUUGACGCAGUGACCAAGUGGAAACAAGACUUGGACGCUAAAGUCUCAUUGGAAGACGGUACACCGAUACCAUGCGUAUUACUUGCAAAUAAAUGUGAUGAGACUAAAGAAGGUAUGGUGAAUAGUGUGGCCAAGAUGGACGAAUUUUGCAAAGAAAAUAUGUUCACCGCUUGGUAUGAGACGUCAGCUAAAGAAAACGUUCACAUUGAUGAUGCGGCAAAAACACUUGUGUCUCAGAUUUUGAAGUACACUGCUCAAUAUAAACCGACGUACUUAAAAACAAAGGGUCAAGUAAUAUUAAACAGUGCCUCAAACGAUACGCAAAAAGGUUGCUCCUGUUGAUUAAAAUUUGAUGAAGUUAAUUAAUCAUUGUUUAUUUGUUUAUAUUAUUAUAUACUACAGUACAAAUUGAUUUUUCUCAAUAUAUAAUGUCAAUUAUUAUUAAUGUUAGUGUCUCAAUAAUAUAUUAAAUAAUUGUAGACAUCUAUUUCAAUAUUAAUUCAUAGGUAAGCAAUAAGCAAAUGUAAUACUAUAGGUAUUAGUGCAUUACAUAAUAGUUAGAACAAAAUUAAAUUACUAAUGAAGCCAACAUUUUGUUUCUAACUAACAAAAACUAUGUAAUAACUUAUAAUCCAUACAUUUUUGCAUAGUAUUCUGACCUAAUAUAUUUUAAUGCAAUAUUAGGCAUGUACCUAUAUAUAAUGUAUACUUACACCUACUACGUACUUGUAUUGUAAAUAUGGUAAAAUUAAAGCAGAUUUUUAUUUCGUA